CUCUUAAGGGCAAGCGGCGGCUUCUCCCUCUGCUACCACGCAUGCUCGGCGGAGAGGGCGCGUGAGAGCUCAUCAACAUCUAGGGGGAGCUAGACCUGGAAAAGAGGCUGGUUAGCCUUUGGCCCCGCUUGCAACUCUAUUUCAACCCCUUCGCCGCCCCCCAGUAUCAAUGCAGGACCCUUGAUCUUCCAGUCCCUGCGGAUUCUGGCUCUGAACUCGGGCUAGAAGCCGCCUACGUGUGCCUUGAACUACAAUGACAUCAUGGCAAGAUUUCGCAGGAGAACGUGCAUCAUUCUGGUGCUCUUUAUUUUAUUCAUAUGCUCCAUAAUGAUGGCCUUGAAAACUUUGAGACCUGAAAGAGCUGGGUUUGGAGAUCCAUUUGGCCUUGGCCUGUUACCAGAUUUUCAGCAACGAACAACACAUUUAAGAAAUAAGUUCAACGUGCAGAGCGGAGCUAAGGAAGAAAGUUUCACACACGCAAAAAAUGUUCACCCUUUAACAAUGAACUUAAAAAAACCCACCGUUUCUGUAAGGAAACUAGAAGAACAUCUGCCUUCCCCAAAUUACAACUUUCAUGUGUUUUACUACAGCUGGUAUGGGACACCGCAGUUUGAUGGAAAAUAUAUUCACUGGAACCACCCAUUGUUAACACAUUGGGAUCCCAAAAUUGCAAGUGAUUAUCCAAAAGGAAGGCACAGUCCUCCGGAGGAUAUUGGCUCCAGCUUCUAUCCUGAACUUGGACCUUACAGCUCCAAAGACCCUUCUGUCAUAGAAGAGCACAUGAAGCAGAUGAGCUCAGCUUCCAUUGGGGUAUUGGCCCUUUCUUGGUACCCACCUGGAAUGGGUGAUGAAAAUGGAGAACCUGUUGAUGCCCUGGUACCAACCAUUUUGGAUAUUGCACAUAAGUACAAAUUAAAGGUCACUUUCCAUAUUGAGCCAUACAAAGAUAGAGAUGAUCGCAGUAUGUACAGCAACAUCAAGUAUAUCAUAGACAAAUAUGGAGCCCAUCCAGCCUUUUACAGACAUAAAGUCAGCACAGGUAGAACUCUUCCCAUGUUUUAUGUCUACGAUUCUUAUAUAACAAUCCCUGAAAUGUGGGCAAAUCUGCUUACUGUCUCUGGAUCCCAGAGUAUACGCAAUACACCCUAUGAUAGCUUAUUCAUUGCCCUUCUUGUGGAAGAAAAACACAAGCAUGAAAUCCAUAGAAGUGGCUUUGACGGAAUUUAUACAUAUUUUGCCACCAACGGCUUCUCCUACGGCUCAAGCCAUCACAACUGGCCAAGUUUGAAAGCCUUUUGUGACACGAAAAACUUGCUGUUUAUUCCAAGCGUGGGCCCAGGCUAUGUAGACACCAGCAUUCGACCAUGGAACAGCCACAACACACGGAACCGCGUCAAUGGCAAAUACUAUGAGACUGCGUUCAGCGCUGCGCUUCUGGUACGCCCUGAAAUAAUCUCUAUCACCUCUUUCAAUGAAUGGCAUGAAGGAACUCAGAUUGAAAAGGCCAUUCCAAAGAGGACUGGAAAGGCAGUUUACCUCGACUAUCAGCCACAUAAGCCAAAUAUUUAUCUGGAGCUCACUCGUAAGUGGUCUGAAAAGUACAGCAAAGAAAAAGAGCAGUGGCUUACAUGAGGUGCAUUUCCACUUGGCAGUUCCACGAUGGGCCCAUCGCUGUGUCUCGCUGAUAAAUCAAGAACGUUUUAAUUUGUGAGGAUAUCGUCUGCACUAUUGCUAUAGCUUUCCGAAGAGAAAAUGUUCACUUUUAGAGUAAUGAUAACAAUGGCAAGCAAUAUUAGCCCCUCGGGUUCUUAUAAUACAUUGAUAGUGCUAAAUACUGUCCCUUUUAAUGUUCUGUAUAUUACCAGUACACUGUCUAGAAUAUUUGAUUUAUAACACUAGUAGAAUGAUACAGAGCUUAUUCCAGCUAAAACAGUUGCUUAGGGUCUCUGUACCCAGUUGGACUUCUGAGCUUUCCCCUUUCCUGAAGAAUUCCCUCAAAGUGAGAAAACCUCAGAAACAACUUCCAGUGCUAGGUGAAGAGGUGUGCAAAAACAAAACAAGCCCUAGCACUCAAAUGGAAACCACUGUGGUGCACUUAAAUGUGCUCCUUAGGUCAGGCCCUUUAAAGAACCACGAACAAAACCUUUUACAACAGUUUCUUAAAUCUUAAUUUGUAUAUGUGAAGCAUCUUUUCCAGUGGGAAAGGAGAGAACUCACCAAGGAACCUUCCAGAACAAGAAUCACUUUUUUAAAAAUGUAUUGGAGCUGCAGAAGAACAUUGCCUGAUUUUCCUAUGCUACUCCCAUUCAUUGCAAUUCAAACCACAGGAAUUGGUGGUAGGUGCCCGUGAUGUAUAUUAUAUAUUUUGUAGAAAAAUAAACAUGUUCUCCUUAUUUUUUGCACUUAUUUUGGUAGAAAUAAUGAGUGAACUAAAAUUAUCAUGAUAAUCAUAAUUAGUAAUUGUUUCAGUUAGGUUUUUUAAAGGCACAUUUACUCAUUUUGUUUGGCAUUGCCCCAUGAGCAGAACACUCAGUUUGCUUUGCUUUAGAUCCUAAAUACAGGAAUCAUUUUCAAAGAAGAAAAAUGUUUUUGAGUGCUUAGAACUUUUUAGAGUACAGACUCAGAAAACAAUAAUUUGGAAUAGUAUAAAUUGUCGGUUGUGAGCAUUUGUAGGAGCUUUAAAAAUGUCCUUUUAAAAGAAUUGUAUUUCCCCAGUGUGGUGUUAAUAUCUAUUCCACGUGAAAUUGGAGACACCCGACUUUGGAUAGCAAAGACUAUGUUCUUCCAAACACACUGCCAGCUGCAGUCUGGGUUGAGCGGACUAUAACACGAGAGCACCUGUGCUUUGAAUCAUUUCUCACUAAUGGGCUACUGGAUGUUGUGAUUUUCAGUGAGUGCCUUAUUAUCUCCAAAUUGAAAGUGCCUCUCUAAUGUGCUCCCUAGACACUUAUCCAAAGCUAAUAUAGCAAACACACAAGCUGGAUUCAUUGUCUUAUGAGUUUGGUUCUGCAGUUUGUUUGUUUUUUAAAAAAACUAUAUUAUGCUGCAGGCGAAAGGAUUGGCCCUUCCCUUUUUUGCCCAGGGGUGGGCAACCCCAUCCCUAUGGUGUUCUUGGAAGUUCAGCUUAACAAACCAAAUUAUUUUCUGUUUUUAAUUUGUUUUUAUUCUGAAGCAAAUUCUGAGCCCAGCUUGCAGCUACUGUGCUUCCAGUAACAUGGAGUGUGACAAAGCUCAAGCAAUUUCCUCCACAAGCCCCUGUAGCUUGGUCCACUAUGUAAUUUGGUGGUUGCAACAUAGGAAGGCUUCCUGUAUGCUUUCCUUCUUUCCUAGCAUCUUGCUAAGAAAUGUAAUUAUUUCAAGAAGCCCAAGUCCUUUGAACAGCCAUUGUGUGCCCAGGAAACAUCCUACAGUUUCAAUAGGAGUAGCCUACUGAAGACCUCUGUACCGUUGUUGUUGUUGUAGCUGCCAGGCCAAGUAAGUGGGAAGGAAGGAGAAGCUGGAAAACAACUUGUAGAGGUAUAAUCCAAACCAGUUCUGUGAGGCCCAUCCCUUUUUAAGCUACUAAUAAAUGGUUUUUGGAGUUCAUGCAGAUGAGAUCCAGAUGUUUAUUUCCCCCUCCUAAAAAACACCCAUUGUUAGUGACUUUGCAAAUACUGACAAUUUCAAGGCUUUUUGAUAUAGAUAGAUGAUAGAUAGAUAGAUAGAUAGAUAGAUAGAUAGAUAGAUAGAUAGCAGAUUGAACCAAGGACACCAGCCAAACUGAAAUGGGUUGUUUAUUGCCACUUUUGUAACAAUUUGCACAAAAUUAAAUUAAAAAUCUUCUGGUACAUGCACUUCUCUGCCUUUCAGGUCAUGGAAACUGAUUUUUUGGCAGACCUUCACUGCAGGGACAUGAAUGGGUAUCCAUACACUGAUGGUAUAGCUAGAAUGUGAAGAUUAAUUACUUAAGUUCUGUUCAUUCAUCCAUCCACCCAAUUUAUAAGAGUAGCUAAUACGAUGGAAAAUACUGUGAGCUGCACUUUAUCCAUCCCAAAUAGGCUGUAGUUUAGAGCUAAGGCACACACAUCCACUUGGGUGCAUUGUGCUUCCCAUAUGUCAAUAUUAACUUUUAAAAUUUGUUGUGAAACUCAGUGUUCAUCAGUGAAAGAGCUUUACUAACACUGGCUUCACCUUUGGGGAUGAAUUGAUGGCUGUUUGUUAAUCGUGGCACUUACUAAUUACUAUUUGAUUUAGUUGUAUGAAGUCCCAUAUAAUAACAAAAUGAAACAAAAUCAAGCUCAAAAAUAAGACAGUAACUUGGAACUUGUCCCAAAUUUUGUGCAUGGCAACUCAUUAAUUGAAUUUGAUUUUCUUACAGCACAAUCCUGUCCUUGUUUACUCAGCAGUAAAUCCCACUGAGUUCAGUGGAGCUGAAUAGGCAUGCACAGAAUUUUGAUGUUGAUGCCUUCAAAUUUCCUAGAAUCAUUAUAUGUCCUUAAACCUGGGGCUGGGGAACCUAUAGCCUUCUAGAUAUUGUUCAGCCUGAACCCUUGUCAGCCCUAGUCGGUAUGGCCAGCAGUCCAAAGUUGAUGUGGUAUUGUUGUCCAGCAAAAUCUAGAAGGCCCCUUCUUUGCCUUAAACACACAGCGCUUAUGGUGUAUUUAAAGUAAUGCUUUCAAAUUCUCAUGAUCAGUUAAAAUUUAGAAGUAAUAAUAGUUUGAAACCAGUUUUGCUACUACUGCUUAGGCACUUUAGACAUCUAAUCAAUUUUGUUUAAAAACCAUAUUGCGUUUCUUAAAAGAAAAUUGCAACAUAAGCUUUUAAAUAUUUUCCUCCAUUUAUUUCAUUAUAAUUCUGCUAAGGGCUGUGAUCCAAAGCAACAGAUGUAGUGCUGCAUACACAGCUGCAACUUGUAGUCUAUAGCUCUGCUCAAAUAACUGCAUUUAAGGUGAAAACUGGCUUGUCUUUACAGCAGUGGGAGCAGUUCAGGAUCUGAAGGAGCUUCCAGCUUAAGUGUGCACACUUCUCCCCAGGAUACCCUAAUAGCUUCACUAUUUUCCCACCUAGAGCUUCAGGGCAUCUGCAAAAUGGUCCCGGUGUCAGCUAGAGAAUUUUUUGGCAAUCAUUUUCCUUUCCAAAUUUGAAAUUUUGAAAGGAGGCAACUUUGAAGUAUUUUGUUCAUUUGAAGUAGAUUUUUUUCAGACAUAGUUCUUCUCUCUGCUGCUGCUGCUGCUGCUUAGCAGAUGCUUUCUACUUGCUUUUGCAAUUCUAGUCGCAAUGAGAUUUCUUCACCUUAUCUCAUAGAAUGUUAUAUUCACCUAGCAUAUACAUAAUAUGGAGAGUUGAAUGCGGAUCUAGUCUGACACUUUCUUUCACUGCUAAAUAUGUAGUUGGGGUGCAUAGAGUGUUUGGAAAUUGUAACCGGGGAUUGGGGGGGGGACAGGGCAGAGGAGGGAGAUCUGACAUUUGGGUAGAGGGCAUGUAGGAUACGUGAUGGGAAGUAACUCGCAAGGAGUAUCCUUACAUAAUACAAUUUGGUCCAUUGGCUACAUAGUGAAUACCACUGAGAAGUGAGAGCUUUUAUUCUCAGAAGUACAGCAAGGCUUGGAAAGCACAUAAAGGAAGCUUGUACUCAAGACAUUUUCAUAUACUUAGGUUCAGGUCACUUGUAUAGUUCCACUUGGAUUUGCAAUGAGUUAGGCAGACAACUGUUGCAAGUACAGUCAAACAAGUUUGAAUCACACUUCUUCAGUAAUCUUUUAAAACCCUGCACCAGGGUUUUUAAGAUAAUAAUACUGUCUGCAGACUAAGGAACAGACCUCACUGCAUGAUUCAUACCAUAGUAAGCCACUGUCACAUGGUAACUAUGAGGAAGGAAAAUCUGAAUUCCAGAGUGGUUGAUUUAGAGCUUAAAGGGCUCAUCUGCAGGGCUACAGGUUUUUACAAAUUGCAACCUAGUUUGCAAAUUCCAUUCUCUUCUGUCCGAAUUAAGUGUGUGUCUCAACAGUUGUUUCAAUUAUACGAUAAUAAGGUCUGCUUUAUGAGAAAUGAAAUUAUUCUAAUUUACUUUUAAAUAAAUAGUUGUAAGGCUUUUAAUGUGCACAGUGUUAGUAUGAAUACAUGAAUUAGACGUUAGACAGCGUUUUGUACACACCUAUAUUGAAAAUAUGAAACAUACUCUGUAUGCUAUGAAAAAAGAACACUGCAGGAACACUGUUCUUGGAGUAAGAGUUCAUGUGAUUUGUAUUUUCUGAAAUGUUCAUUCUGCCUCUUAUUUGCCAGGGAUUUCUUUGAGCUUCAGUGGAAAGCAUAGUGAAUAGCUUAAUAGAUACUUUCUUUGGUGAAACAUUUGUUAAUAUAUGCUGAAGCUGUUUUUGAAGCCCAGCUCACAUUUCAAAAAACCAUCAAAAGCUAUGUAAGGACACAAUCCUACAGCUGAUUAAGGGCUGAGGAGUCACCAGAAGUGACGUAAGUGCCAUUCUGGAGGCAUGGUACUUAUGCUCCCAGAGGACCCCGAUACACCUGUGGAAAACUCUGUGGGCAUAGAAUUUAUGCUGGUUCUCUGGCAUCAAGCAGAGAGGUGUGGGACACUGGGUCAGGAUGUGGUGUGGCAGCUAGGAGUCCGCAGGACACGCCUUCCCAGACAGGUUCCCCAGAGGAGUCUUUAAUUAUACCAGUCCUGGAGCUGGUGUAGUUAAUCAUUCCCAUUGAAAGGGUUGGGGGGAAAGGUAGAGAAAAGCUUGCCAGCCACCUCCUGUCCUGACUUCAGCAAGUUGAUGGGGCUUAGGAAGUGGUUGGAGCUUCCCCAAAGAAUCUUCACAGCCACACACAUGCACAACCAUUACCAUAGGAUUUUUCUGCCCAUGUGUUGUAAUUGGUACAAUAAUGCUUGAGUGAAAAGUGUGGUAUGUUUUGUGAUAGGUUUCUCUUACCUUUUCCCCUUUGUUUUAGCUAAAUAAGGCACAAUUGCUUUCUUUUGUUUUUCUGGAGAAAUGUCUUGGAAGAACCCUCCACAUAAAAAUAAUAUUGUGCAUACAUACUGUAAACAUUAGGUUGAUUAAUUGUGAAUGUGUUCCGGCUUAAGCAAAUUGUGUUAAUUUUCCCACUCUAUGCCUUAAUGAGCUAAUUGAACAACCCAUACUUUCUUUCUGGGACUAAUUUAGAUCACUCCCUCCUGCUCUAGAGGGAAGAGUUUGUAUGGAAGAGAUUGAUGCUUGGUAGGUUGCUCAAGAACCAGUCAGUGAAAUAUGUGUAGCAUAGGCUAUGGCUUGCAUUGGAGUCAAAAUUACAUUGUCUAAGCCAUGAUAUUUGGAUCCAAAGUUUUUCUUAGUGCAGAACAAUCCUUACGUGUUAUGCUUCCAUGAGCAUCACCAGAUUUAACAACAAUUUGACAUCCACCUUGAAUUAAAUUUGUUGUAUUGAAUGCUGCAAUUCUUUCUCAGCUCAAUUGGUGAGUUGGGAUUUUGUGGAAGAUCAUUUUCCUGGGUUUGAAUGUUGCAGAUAAUUUCUAGUGUUCAUGCCUGCUGAUGGAUAUCCGUCAACUGUGUUUUCCUUUUCUGUCAGUUGGGAUGAAGAUAUUAUAUGCAAGAGCAUUGCAAAAGUCCCAAGUGAGCUAGAAAUUAUGCCCUUAGCUCAAAAAGUCCUCUUCUUUUUUCUGUCAUAUCAUUCCUUCUCUUGUCUACCUUCUCUGCCAACUGUAUAACUUUGAAGUUAUUCCUGUGCAAUUUAAUUUUAAAGUUAACAAAUUUGGUUCAUGCUCCUUUGUGCGGGAAAGUCACUGUAACUCAGCAACAGGUAUAUGAAUAUGUGGGUUUGUUUUGAAAGUUUAUAGCAGUGGGGUUGAGAGGAGAGCUAAACAAGAUAAUGCUAGACCAUUUCUUUCUUUUAAAAUAAUAGCUGGAGCUGCAAUAGUUGGGAAUUUUGAAGCAUAUGACAUUAUUCUUUAAUUGUUCAACAUAAAGCACCACCCAUUUUUUUAAAAGUACAAUGAGCAUACUUGUAUGAUCCAGCUGCUGCAGAACUGUAGCUCUUUAUAUUGCAGGUGGAGAGUAAGUUACCUGCAGUAAACAAAUCUUUUGCACAUUCAAAAAUAGAAUUUAGGGAGAGUUCUGGUUUUGGUAUGUACAGGGAGGUUGUGGUGUGUUUAUGUGGAGACAUAUUCAAAAAUUCAGUUUCCAACUAGCAGUCUCCAGUGGUAACGGUCCAACAACAAAUACACCACACAUGGAGUUUCUCUCUUAGUUUAAUACGUAAUUUGAAUCACUAUUAAUUGCUUGACUAUUUUUCCAGCAUUUUUCCAAAAUAUGAACAAUAAUUAUGAACUGUAUUUAUGUACUGUUAUGUUUGCAAAUGUUUCUUGACUGUUAGAGGCUUUUAUGGAGAAUAAGUGCCUUUUUAAAGUACUGUAUGCAUUUUACUAGAUAUUGACCCUUAGUGCUGUUAAGCAUUGUUUAAUUUUUCGACGGGCAUCCAAUGCACUUCUGAGUAAAAAGCCCACACAGUUGCAUGUCAGUUACAAAUGGUGCAUGCAUGUUCACAAUGACACGUUCAUACUUUCAUUUAAACGCCUUCCUCAGCAGAAAGGGUAUGGUAUACAUGCGCCCCUGGGGAAAGACUUGAGUUCCUACUUCAACUUAACAUUAUACAUUAUUCACAAUAGAUGUGUCAUGCUUUUAUUUUGUAUUUGAGUUCCUGUACCUGACUACAAAAAGUAAAGCACAAGAAACAGUCACAACGGAGUUUAAUCUUCCGAGUUGCCUGCUUUAUUGACUUGCUUUGUAGCAUUCACUUACACUGAAAUCCAUUUUCUAUAGCUACUCUUCAGUUUAUGUGCCCUAAAAAACAAAGGCAAUGGGGUAUAACAGCAACAUUUCUUAUUUCCAAGAUUUAUAGUUUAGCUGAAUACAUUUCAAUAUAUACAUCUUUGAAAGCUCAUUGGGGAACCAAUGGAUGAUGUGAAAUAAAGCAUUUCCCUUAAGCUUUGGGUUUUUUAAAAGCUUCUCCCCUGCAUUUUCCCACUCUGCCACAGAUUUUCUUCUACAUGGACUUUAUGUCCAGUAACAGCUGGCUGAAAUUACUUCACAUUUCUUAAACUGCAGUUUUAAAUAUACCUACUGAAGAGUAAGCCCCAUUGAAGAAAGUGGGACUUGUUUUUUUAUAAACACACAUUGAAUGUAUUGUCAAUCUGUUAUUAAAGGUUUAAAUAUGUGCAAUUAAUGCUUGUGAAGCUUAAUAAAACAGAGUUGGCAAACUUGCGAAAGGCAGAAAUAGGUAUGAAAAUGUGAGGUAUGAUUUGAGCCUGAGGAUUAGAAUUUUCUAGCUUCUUCCAAUCUAUAAAAUAGUGCAGACUCUAAUAUCUUAGUAUCUUUUGCUGAUAAAACUCCUUAAUUAUACUACACCCACAAUGGGAGCUAAAGGUGAAUGAGCCAUAUUCUGCAUUAUACAGAAAAUAUCCCAUAAGGGCCUCUUCAGAUGUUGCACACUCUACCCACAAUAUGAUAGUACUGCCAAACAUUGGACAAUCAUGGCUAAAAAGGAAUGUAUAUACAAUUGAAUAAUUGGCAUAUAACUAAAUAAUUACAUCAUUUAUUUGUAGAAGUAUUUUCUGCAUAGGAAAUAUCUGAGGUAUAUCUGCUUGGAAUGCAAUAAUAUGGUGUUCAACUUUUAAAACCAGAUCAUUGGGAUCUGCUAGCCUCAUUUAACUACCUGAUUCUUGUCCAGAUCCUUUAGUGAGCUUUUGUGAAGGCUUGAAGUUAAGAGCCUCAAGAAUCUAAGUUGGUUGACAUUAUUUUAACUUUGUAGGUUCAUGAAUUCCUAUGGUAGAGUGGAAGUUCACUCUCUUGUAGACCUAUAUAUCUUACAAGCUACUGAAAUAAACUAUAGGCUCCAAAACUUUAACCAAGGGCAAUUCAAAGUGUCACCUUCUAACUUCCUAUAAAAAAAAGAAGAUUGCCUUCCUCUUUGAUUCAGUUUGUUAAUAUGUAAUCUAUAAGUGUUUGUAAACCCAGAGAGAGAACAAAAUAAUUAUUUUCCCCUUGUGUUUUCAUACAAUUUAGAAGCAUAAACUACUUGCAUCCUUAGUUAAAAUAAUACUUGCUUUAAAAAUGUAAUUAUGCAAGGUGUGUACAUUUCUUUCUGUGGCACAUUAUCACUGUUAAACUGUUAAUGUAUUUUUGAUGUACUUUACUUUGUGCACCACUGAGCACCACUGAUUAUGUACAGUGUUUUGAUGUGUAAAACAUAUAUAAGUCUAAAAUACUAUGCAUGUCUCAGGAAAUGUAAUUUACAGAAAAUGCACUUCAAAAAUCGUAAAAUCCUGUUAAAUAGUAUGUAAUAUAAUUAACACUUGAACUAAGGACUGCAAACAAUUCUGGGCUAUGUGUUUUAACAAAUAAAAUUUUCAUUACCAUGU